UUUCUAGAUUCUUUAGGAAGGACCAAAGAAAAAGAGAAAAAAAGCAAACGAAAAUAGUAAAGUGGGAGGCAUUUUUGGUACACUAGUUUAAUACAAAAUCUAAAUAGAAAUAGGGCCUACUUAUCUUAAGUGAAAGGCUAGCAGAAGUUUAGAGCUCCAAUCACCAAUCUUUCCCUUUCUCUCCCCCACUCCAAUACACAAAUGUAAAGCUAAUACAACAAUGUUCAGUUUCUAUUCUCCAAGAUUUCUUCCUCAUGUAUUGCCUCCCCAACAUCUACAACAUAGGAAUCUUACUUCUACUAAUACUACCAUUUCCUCUUCUUUGUCAUCUCCUCAUCACCAACAUAACACUACUAUCCCAACCCCAUACCGCGAUGCUCAAACCACUCGCCGCUCCAUUCUCCUCCUCUCCACCGCCCUCUCUCUUCCUACACCACCCUCCUCGGCUGCCAAUGCUCCUCCACUAGACACCACCAUCACGGACCGGGUCUUCUUAGACUUUAGUGUUUGUCCUAACUACUUUCGAAACCCAACUCAAGGCCAGGCCCAAGAUGAACCUCUAUGCGCCGAUUCUGAGCUCAUGGGCCGUGUUGUAUUGGGCCUCUAUGGGAAGAUUGUUCCCAUCACCGUCUCCAAUUUCAAGGCCAUGUGCGUUGGGCCUAUGGGGUACAAGAAUACAUUGGUUCAUAAGAUCCUCCCUGGCCAAUUCUUAGUGGCAGGCCGGCAAGGGAGGAAAGAUAAAGGCGAGGUGGUUCCACCUUCUUCUGGCCUAGUCCGGAACACAGAGACGGUUGACUCUCGGGCUUUUAUGUUGGAGCAUUCGAGGCCUGGUGUUCUUUCCUUGUGCUUGUCCGAAAACGAUGAUGAAGAUGAUAUUAAGCUAGACCCAAAUUAUCACAAUGUGGAAUUCUUGAUUACCACUGGACCCGGCCCGUGUCCGGAGCUUGAUGGUAGGAACAUCGUCUUUGGGAGUGUCCUUGAAGGGAUGGAUAUAGUGAGAGCAAUAUCAUCUGCACCAACAUACAAACCAGCUGAAAGGAUAAGGCAAUUGAAUGACUUGGCAGGAUUUCUUGGAGACGAAAGAGCCCAAAUUGCUCGAACUUUUUGGAAUCGUCCUCUUAAGUCUAUUUAUAUCAGUGAUUGUGGUGAACUCAAAGUUACUAAACCUUCACUCACUCCAUCCCUCCCAUAAUCUCACUUCCCUUUACUUGAGUUGAGCAUAUACUUAAAUUUUUACUAUAUUGGACUGUAAUGUUGGUGAGAGGAAGGCAUAGUUUACACAAAGAUGUGAAUACAUUGAGCUACCUAUAUAUGGUUUGUUUGCCAUUCAUUACAGUGUAAAUGAACUUUUAAAUAAUUAAGUGGUAUUUAAAAUUUCAGUCAUGAAAAUAUUAGAGAUCAAAUGUUGCCUGUCUUCUUGAUUAAAUUAAAGAUUCACUCUUUUGCAGUACUAUUGACCUUAUUCUUAUAUACCGUGAUCAGUCUGAAGUAUGCAAGUAUCAGAUAGACUAUGGUGUGUACUCUAUAUGACUUUGUCUUAUGUAAUUGAUAAGGAAAGGUUGCAUACAUCUAGUUUACCCUGUUCCCGUUCAGGGCUGGACCUUGUUUAAAGGUAUCAGGGUAACAUUGGUGCCGGUAUUGGUGAAAGUACUGGAAAUUAAUUACCUGAUUAGUAGGAAAACGGUAUGAUGAUGAUGUCAACGCGAUACAAAUAUCUAAUGUACAGUUUUGGAUAUCUUUGCUUAUUGCUUACCAGUCCAAGUCGUUGAGCAGAA